GCACCGCACGUUGCAGCUAACAUUUCAGAACCUAAACGUGCUCCAUAAUGACCGUAAAAUACUCUCGGACGUAAGUGGUGUAGUAAGUCCAGGCGAAGUUUUGGCUAUAAUGGGCCCAUCAGGCAGUGGGAAAACAACACUACUUGACUGUCUAAGUGGCCAACGACGCACUGAUGGUGGUAGCAUUUAUCUUAACCGCGAACCGCUCUCAAAGAAAUGGCGUCGUAAAAUCUGCUAUGUGCUGCAAGAGGAAAUUUUCUUUUCGGGCCUAACGCUCAGAGAGACCGUCAUGUAUACAGCGCUAUUGCGCUUGCCAGAGAAAAUUCCAAGGGAAGAAAAAAUGAAACUGGUUGAUUGCUUAUUGGAAACGCUGGAAUUAAAUUUUUGUCAACAAACGAAAUUCGGGGAUUAUCUAAAUCGCGGCCUUUCCGGUGGUGAAAAGAAGCGAGCCAACAUUGCAUGUGAACUACUAACCAAUCCAUGUCUAAUGCUAUUGGAUGAGCCAACAUCCGGCCUUGACAGUCAUUCGGCUAUUUCCCUCAUGAAAGUGCUGAAGCGCUAUGCGAUGCAAGAGCAGAAAACCGUUGUGAUAACCGUGCAUCAGCCGUCAUCGCAAAUGUUUCAUAUGUUCGAUAAGUUGUUGUUGCUUUACAAUGGGCGUACGGCCUACUUUGGCGAAGUUAACAAUAUUUAUAGAUACUUUGAAGAUGUUGGCGUUGCCAUUAAGCCGCAUUAUAACCCAGCCGAUUUUGUGUUGGAACAGCUGAAAUCAUAUCCGGAUAUUCGUGAAAAACUUUUUCAAGCCGCAAAAGAAUCUCAUUGUAAUUUUCUAAAUCGCAAUUGCAUUACACUCAACACUAAUAAUCAUCACAAUCAAUCGCAGCUACAUACUUUACACGAUCAUCAGAACAAUCAUCACAACAACGAAAAUGGCCUCACAGUAACGGCAACAAAUGGAACUGAUGGAUUCAGUACAACAACAAUUGCCACAACAGCAACUGGUGUUUUAGUGAACGAUAAAACCCAUCAACAUGAUGCUCUGAUCAAUGAUAUCAUCAAUAACUACUACAAGGACAUCCAUAAUAAUCACAAUAAUCAUCAUAUAAGUCAUGAUGCAAUGUUGAUGAUGGGAGAUCAUCACAACUCCUGCGAGGAAGCAGCGCAACAGCUCUGGUGUGGCACAGAUUCGCAAUCAAACUUCAGUUCAGCUUCGAGUGAUUGUCAACACUACGAAGAUGCUGACGAUUGGCUUGAUUAUCCAACGCGAUUCCACACACAGUUUCGUGUGUUGUCGAGUCGUAAUUUCAAGGAAGCUAAACCGCGCAUGCUCUCAAAAUUGAAUUGGUUUCAAACAGUGGGUCUAGCAUUGAUGGCAGGUGCGAUCUGGUUCCAAAUACCGCGUACUGAAGAGUUUCUGCAUGAUCUACAGGGGUGGAUGUUCUUUUCUCAAACUUAUUGGAUGCUCUUUGCGUUAUUCGGUGCAUUAAAUUCAUUCCCCUCUGAACGUGAAGUCAUAAGCAAAGAGAGACGUUCCGGCGCUUAUAGGCUAUCCGCAUAUUAUUUAGCGAAAAUGUUUGGAGAGUUACCGCUGGUUGUAACACUACCUACGGUCUACCUCAUGAUAUCAUAUCCAAUGCUGGGAUGUACAAGCUUGAAACUUUUUCUACUGAUGUUGGUCUUCCUGUUGCUCAAUACAAUUGUCGCACAAAGUGUCGGUUUCUUCAUAGGUGCCUGCUGCAUGGACAUGAAUGUUAGUAUAACACUUAGUGCGUUGUACACCUUAGCUACUCAAUUAUUUGGUGGUUAUCUAUCAUCAAGAAUACCAGAAGGACUUAGCUGGAUACGUUAUACAUCCAUGAUCCACUAUGCAUAUCAGAAUAUGCAAAUCCUAGAGUUUCGUGAAGGACCAGCGAUUAGUUGCGGUAAUCCGAGUAGCUAUGGUAUAUGUAAGAAUAAUACAAUCGCAUUCAUUCCAUAUGAAGAAAUUCUUAAAGCUCAGAACUCAACAUCUCCACUUUGGCUAAACACGCUUAUACUGAUGAUGUUUUUUCUGGUAUUUCGCGGCUUGGGUUAUGCAGUGCUGCGCUAUGUGCGGUGUCCGAAAACGUGAUAUUUCCUAGGAUAUAACUGAUCCAGUGAAACAAGAAAGCAAUAAACAUAGAUGGGAAUCAGUAUCUAUUGAUAAAUAUGUAGAUGCAUUUAUACACACACAAUAACGUAUUUAGCAAAUCUGAACAAAUACUUAUUUGCGUUAGCGCCAUCUUUUUUGUGAUUACGUUUAAGAAAACUAAAUAUAAUUAUUUAAUUUAA